ACGCCGUCGUGGGGCGGUCCUGUCGAGGGCGCCGGAGGGAGGUUGGUACUCUCGGGCUCCCUCGUGGCUCGAGGGUCAGGCGAGCGUCACGCGGAGGUUCGUUUCCCAGACGAGCACGGAACGGCCGGGGCCACAGAAAUUGUACUCCUCUUAGGGUGCUCUUCGCCCUCCAGGAACCCCGGAAGUGGCUGUCAGGUUCAGGUCUCCGAGGAAGGCCAGGGUGGUUCCUGUUUUCCAGGAUGGACUUCCCCAGCUCCCUCCCGCCCUCGUUGUUUACGACUGGCCCCCUUGGUCUGAGCGAUGUCCCUGACGUGUCCUUCCUGUGCAGCUGGAGAGACGCGCUGACCCUGCCGGAGUCCCUGCCCCAGGGUUCUGAGAACACGGCGCCGCACGUGGCCAAGGGCCUGCUCUGGGAGCCGGACACCCCUGGGCCGCUGCCCUUGCUGCCUCCUGGUGCCGAUCCCUGGGACCCCGGUGUGACUGCCCAGGAUCUGCUUUUCCGGGGAGGUUACCAGUUCCGUAGACAGCCCCAAGCUGUGCUGGACGUUACUGAGCAGCUCAGCCGGUUCUUGUGGGACCAUGGGGACAUAGCCUUUGCACCCCUGGGGAAGCUGAUGCUGGAGAAUUUCAAACUGGAGGGAGCACGGAGCCGCUCUAAGAAGAAGACAGUGGUCAGCGUGAAGAGGCUACUCCAGGACCUCGGUGGACACCAGCCCUGGGGCUGUCCCUGGGCUUACCUCAGCCACCGCCAGCGCCGGUUCUCCAUCCUUGGGGGCCCGAUCCUCAGCACGUCGGUGGCGAGCCUCCUGGGGGAGCUGCUGCAUGAGGAGCUGGCCCUGCGGUGGGAGCAGCUGCUCCUGGACGACGCCUGCACUGGGGGCGCGCUGGCCUGGGUGCCCGGCAGGACGCCCGGGGCUGGGCAGCUGGUCUAUCCUGCAGGAGGCACCCUGGACAGGCUGUACUUCCAGAAGGUCAACCUGACCCCAGGCAGUGAGCCCCGGGUUCUCGGAGACCCUGGCCAUAUCCGGCUCCGGGGACCUGUCCGGCAGGUGGUGACCCGCACCGUGCAGGGAGAAGGUAAGGCCCAUAGACACCUCCCCCGUCCGCUCACUGACCUGUUGCCUGACUCUGACCCUGACCCUGACCCUCUCCAUCCCUCAGCUCUGCUGGCUGUCCGCUCUGACUACCACUGUGCCCUGUGGAAGGUCAGUAAGCAGGGGCAGCCGGCCCCUCUCCAGGUGUUGCAGGUCGAGAAGGGGGCCACAGGGAUCAGCCUCAGCCCUCACCUGCCUGGAGAGCUGGCCAUCUGCAGCCGUUCCGGAGCCAUCUGUCUGUGGACUCCCCAGGACGGGCUGCAGCAAAUCUACAAGGACCCCGAGACCCUUGUGUUCCGGGACCCCUCUCCCUGGCGUUGGGCAGACUUCACCGCCCACCCUCGAGUGCUGACUGUGGGUGAUCGCACCGGAGUGAAGAUGGUGGACACUCAGGGCCCGCAGGGCUGUGGUCUGCUGCUUUUUCGUGGAGGGGCAGAAGCGUCAUGCCAGAAAGGGGAACGGGUCCUGCUCACCCAGUACCUGGGGGAGUGCGGCCCCGAGUGUCUGCACCCCACGCUCCACCUCAUCUGCACCCAGUUCUCGCUCUACCUGGUGGAUGAGCGCCUCCCCUUGGUGCCCCUGCUGAAGUGGAACCACGGUCUCCCCUCCGCGCCCCUGCUGGCCCGGCUGCUGCCCCCGCCCCGCACAGGCCUCCCGCGGCCGCUGCUCCUGGCAGGCCAGGGUGGGGAGCUGCAGCUGCUGCACAUCGCAGGAGAGGGGGCCUCCACACCCCGGCUGGCAGGGCCCCCCCAGUCUCUCCCUUCCAGGAGCGACUCCCUCUCUGCCUUCCCCCCACUGGAGCCCAAGAGUCAGUGGCGGCUGCAGGAACGUCUGACAGCACCAGCCAUAGGUCUGGCCGCCGCCAUCCCACCCUCUGCUAACACACCGCUGCUGUCGCUCUUCCAACUUUCGGCGGCUGGAGACGUCUUCCACCAGGGCCUCCACCUCCAGGCAGACCCCGGGCCUGACUCUCCUGCCCCCACGGCUUCCUGGACCUCCCAGGCCACUGCCUCCUGCAGCCGGUGGCUGAAGGCCCUGCUGGAGGUGCCCCCGGCUCCCCCCGUGUGGGCUGCACCCACCUUCUCCCACCGCCGCCUGCUGGGCUGCUUUGAGCCCCAGAAGGCAGAGGGCAAAGUGCCAGAGGGUCUCCGCACGGCCAUGGCCAAAGGGCGUCUCCUGCAGCUGAGGGACCUGGGCUUGCUCCCCACGGAAGAGCGGGCCCCAGCCCCUGAGCCAGGCCCCGAGGACGAGCUCAGCGAGCGUUUGGAGGCAGCCUGGGAGGGCCAGGCGGCGGCCUGGUGGGAGAGGCGGCGGGGCAGCAGCCUGGGGCCCGGCAAACAGCCCAAGCGGCACAAGCGCCGGACUCAGCUGUCCAACACCUUCUCCUCGCUCAGCGGCCGCUUAGACCUCUCAGACGCCGCCAGCCCCCCUCCCAGCCCAGAGCGGACACUCCCUGCGGCCAGGCCUCAGCCUCCAGUGACCCCGCCCUCCCAGGAGUCCACCCAGGAGCUGUGGGCCCGGGCCGUCCCCUCGGAGCGGCAGCAGACCCUCCGGGACUACAUGGCUGAGCUGCCGCUCCGGGGGCACGCCCCGGGGGGUGCCUCUGUGCCUUCCUCCCAGACCUCCAGUGUCCGGGCCACCCCCUCCCGGCAGCGGGCAGCCGUCCGCUCCGGCUCGCAGCCACACUGCAAGAAGCCCCGCAUGGGCUUCUGAGGCCCGGGGAAGCUGCCCCCCACCUCCAGGGAGCCCUUUGUCCUGGAUAAGCUGUGCCUUUUGUGGUUGAAACGGGAAACAGAACAGUCGCCAGGGUGCAGACCUUCCUGCUUUCCGAAAGCCUUCGUGACUGUGGGAGACAUUCAGAAGCGAUUUGAAUCCACGUUGGAGGAAGAAGGACAACAAGGUAGUCGUUUCUCCUGCAGCUCCUGCUCCCAGGGGCAUGUUGAGAAGUCCUGGGAGCCCCGUCCUGAAGGUCAGUGUCGCCGGGAUCCCCUCCAGCCGACAGUGUUGUGCCAGAAAGCAGGCGCUCCAGGCGGCUGAGGGCUCCGCCACGCAUGGGCCCCUGGGGACGUGGCGGGUGAUGGUGAAGUGAGCUGCCCAGCCUGCCGGUGCUCCGCUGCUGGGUGUCGGCAGCUCGCUGCUGGUGGUUAGGUGUGUGUGUGUGAAGCGGUUUCUAGCACCAUCUAACGUUUUAUAGAGGGAGGCACUUUGGACCCACGUUUAGGGGUUGAAUAAACUUGUCAGCUGAGCCUGGUUCUGAACGAUCAAGUUUCUCAGGCCGGGCUGCGUCCCCUCACUUGGCUUUCGACAUUCAGUGCGUCAGGUUCGCUUUCUUCGCAGCUCUGUGGCUCCGGUGAAGAGUCUUGCAGGGAACACACCCCCUGGGGUCCCUGGGGCGGGACGUAGGUUUCUGAUCACACGUGAAGAGAGGAAUGGUCCUUGUCUCGGGUACCUGAUGAAGUGAAUCACGUGUGACUCACUGGACAUCGAAUAAUCCAAUAACAGGGACUUGCGUGGGUGCUACAAUCUUUACAGUGCUCAAGGGAGACAUUUACAGUUACAUGGUUUAUACUGCAAAUAACCGGGGGUUGUGUUAGGCUUUGAGAGCAGGGAGCACAGUGCCAUCCAUGUCCAGGGCCCUGCACGCCCGCAGUAACUGCAACUCUUUGAAGGGAAGGGGAGCCCAGCCAAGGGGGUGACAUGCCCCUGCUGGGGGGUCAGGCCAGGGCCUGUCCCUGUUAGUCCAAGAGCAGAGGGGCUGCCUUUGUGGCUGAGUCCCAGUCUUCUCUGGCCCUGGGCUCCGGGCGCUCCUCCGGCUCCACCUCAGACUGGGCUUCACCCUUUUCGGGGCUGUUUCCUAAAGAGCCAGGAAAUGGGUAAGUCGGUGUCCUCGGGAAGUGCGGCCAGCCCUCACCCCUUCCCGCGUGCAGGCCUCGGGGCGGCCACGCGAGCUGGUGUUCAGCAGGAAGCCUGGCUGCCGUCCAGCGUGGAUUACAGCGGGAGUCGUCUGCGUUCAACAGGCUCCCCGAGUUGGACACCCGGAGGCACAAAGCUGAACACAGAGCUACCCCCGGUGCGCUUGCGCUUGUGACCAGCAAGCACUAGCCAGCUUCCCCCAAAGUGCCUCUCCCUGGUCAUGGGCACAGGCCCCAGCGCCAGGCCGGCGGGCACGUCAGGGUGUGGCUUUACCGGUCCCACCCAGCCGGGCACUGUGGGCGCCGUCCCCGCCUGCUUCCCGGCCAGCAGCAUCUCAGAGUCAUUCAUCCUGGUCCUGGGCCUGCAUGUGGACGACCCACACCCUCCGGCCAGCUGUCACCCUCAUUUUGUCCCAUAUUCCCAGCUGCGGUAUCACCAGUCCCCUCCUUCCCUCAGCAGCCUUGGUCUGGAAGGGCCAAGGAUGGGGAAGGUUGGGGAGGGGGUCAGUCUGGCAGCUCCUUGGCCCCGGCCGGCGACUUAGGAACAUGCUCUAGCGAUCUCCGUGGUCUCUGGAGAGGUCGUGAGUGACCCGCUCUGAGAACACGGGAUUCCUAGGGCAAAGGCCCAGGUGGCCACCUGCUCUGGGUUUGGGUGGUCCACAGUCCAUUUCCCCCUGAGAAGCUUUUGGCCCCUGUAGCCUUGAAAGUUGGGUGACAGUACCUGGAGGGGAGGCCAGAAGCAGGUCCCCAUGCCUGUCCUCACUGCACGGGGCUGGCGCGGCUUCCCUUUUGCAGGCUGGGGGCCAGGGUGGUUGCUCUGAAGGCUCGUCAUCGUCCAGCUCCUGAAUCAGUGGGCGAGGGGCCUUGGUGUCUCUCCUGUGGGUUGCCAAGUCCCUCUCUGCUGCUGCUUUGAAUAUGCCUGUAAAGGGCAUCUCCGUCUCGGCCUUCCUGGAGGUGUCCUUGGAGACUGCAAAUAUACUGGAAAGGGGGUCUGUGGAUGCGUUUUCCAGCACUGGGAGUGAGGUGUAGUCUAGUUCAGGGUCACUGUCGUCACCCAGGCUCGAGAUGGCUGUAAUCUUUGGAAAGCACAUCUUCUGUUAAAAGAAAAAAUGUAUUUGAACAUUUCUGUUUCCACAAUAGUCUCUAAAAUGCACAAUGCUAAUUCGGCUUUUUUAAUCUAUCACACUGUGGGCCCGACGGAGCACAGCACUCGCUGCUUGAAAGUCGGGCCUCAGGAUGGACACUCCUUGGCAGCCGUCUGUGAGCCCUGGAGGCCAUGGUGAGCUCUGCAGCCAGGUCUCCACUCCUUCCGGUCCUUGUCAGGUCUCCGUGUGGCACAGCCCUCGCCCACUCUGUUCCUGCUGCACCAGCACCCUCCUGGGUCCCUGAAUGGUUCAUCUGUGAGCCUUGGCUUCUGACGGGCUCCACCUUCACCCGGCCACCUAGUCGUGCUUUGGAGGUCAGGCCCCCAUGGAACUGUGGUCCCCUAUCUGUGUCCCUCCUUCGAUGACGAGCUCCUGCCCUGAGAUUACACCUUAGGCUAUCCUCUCCUUGGGGCUCCCGGGGCUGGCCCACACUGGCUCUCAGUACUGCCAGAGGGAGGAGGGUCGGGUCACCUUGGGAGAGGUCCCCAUAGGGCCUUCUGUGCUCUCCUCCCUCCCUUCCCCCCUGCCCAUGUGUCGCUGUGGUACAGACAUUCACUAGAUGAACAUACGGAUACAUCAAAAGGAUAGAAAAAAUGUUCAGAUAAUUACGUACAGAACAUGAUUAUUAAAAAUCAGUGAUAAAAGAUCCGUUCAAAAAACCCGAAGUGGGUAGUUGUGAAACCUCAGAGAGGGGAGCAGCAGUAAACAGCCGCCUUUCCUUAGGUGAGGUGAGGAGGCUUCAGGCACAAAGGGCAUGCAGCUUUCCCAGACACCUGGUCAGUGACAGGGCUGGAAGGGAAGGUGGGACUGGGGGGAUGUGUGAGAGGUCACCUUGUGCUGGUCUCCCGGAGAUCCGCCUGCAUCCACGUCUUCCAAGUCAGGCAGGUCCUGGAAGAGAAAACGAUCCCCGUCAGCAGGAGGGCACGCUCCCGACGCCCAGUCCAUGGGACAGAUGCGGCCGCACAGCCAACCAAGCCUGCGCUACAUGCUCGGAGUGUGGAGGGGCCCGCGGCGUGACCCAGACCACUCAGGCCACGUGCACGCUCGAAACACACGCACAAGGCAACACCAGGGAGCUGGUCACGCUUAGCCGAGUGGAGCCAACCUUCAUGAAUCCCGGGGAGCUUUGCUCGCUCCAUUGGAAAGAGGUCCAGCAUUCAAGUUGUAUAGAUUGUGGUUAGUUAAGCCACAGAGCGACGCCCUCCUGCCUCUGCCACUAAUCCUCAGACGUGGGGCCGACUAUUUAAUCUCUGUGAGCCUCAACUUCCUUAUCUGGACAAAGGGGUGAUUGUAACAUCCACCUUAGUGGGUAAACGCGUCGUGCUGAGUGGCAAGAGCACACCCACGUACCUGGGGCCACGAUCCUCUUUGUCAUCUCUUUGCUGUGCUAAGUGACCCUCUGACCAGCUAUCACCACUGUGUUUCUGCUCGCUGAGGUAGGAAGUGUCCGAAGGACCUACGCAUGUUUCCUUAGGGUCAUUAAUUUCUGUAAAAUAAAGAGAUUGGUUCUAUAGAGAUCGAGAAAUGUAUAAAAAAUGUCCCCCAAUUUCAACUUGAUGAAUAACUGUCUGCUUUUAGCAUGGAACUGGUACUCUUUAAAUGUAUCACAGUGAUUUUUAAAGCACUGAUAAGGACUAUGAAAAUUUCACUUCUAGGCAGAUCUUUGAUGAAACCUCUUGUACAGCUGGACGCGGAGACGUGUGCGAAGAUAUUCACUUCUGCAUUACUUGUAACAGCCAAAACCUAUUAAUGCAAAUGUCCAUCC